UAAAAGCAAAAAUGGGGUCUCCUUCUACACCAAAGCUUUCUCUAUAUUCGCUUCCGAGUAAGGCCAAAGAGCCGUCAGGGAUGAUAACGCCGCCGAUCCAUGCCUCAGUUUCGAUUCCAUUCAAGUGGGAGGAAGCACCGGGCAAGCCUAGGCGGCCAUAUCGUAGUGAAAACGAAACAGAUACAAGCAGCCGAUCAAAGCCAAACGUUGCGAGAUGCUUGCAACUGCCACCGAGAUUGUUAGCUGAGUCUAAAGUUGCUAACAUUCCUUCUCCAGCAACAGUCUUGGAGGUGCCUGAUGCAUGUCGGUUUGUGUCUAACACUUUGUCGUUUGGAAAAGGUGGGUCUUUGAGGAGACUGGACAAAGUUAUGUUUGGAUCCAGUAGGUGGGGGAGCUUCAGAAAGGUUGGCCGACAAGUUUUUCAGGGAAGUUUUGACUUUUCAACUCCGGCGGUUGAUGGCGGAGAUGCGGAGGUGAAGAUCACAACGAUUAGGAAGAAACCCGGUUUUCUGAAUCUAUCUCAAGCUAGCUCACAUGUCUUGGCAAGCAUUUAUGAAAGCUUUAAGCAAGUGGUCCCAUGGAGACGUGUGCAUGAGAAAAUGAAGAAAAAGGGCUCCUCAAACGCAUUGCCGUCGGCUGAUCUGUGAGAUCCGUUGUUCAACUUUAAAGCACUUUUAUGUAAUAUCAAGGUAUAAUUUACAGCACUUCAUAUACUGUGUGAUGUAUAUA